UGAUUUUAUAAUACACGAGUGCACUUGGCACAUGUUUCCGAGAUCAAGUCCAACAAUUAAAAAAGCGAAAAACUAAAAGCAAUAUGACGAAAGUACGAAAACAGAAACGCAAGAAGAGGUUUAGAGCGAAUGUGAAUCGCAAACGUCUGCGAAACAAACUUCAAAAACUACCGAAAAUCGAUUGCAAAGAAAUUGAGAAUGAAUGGGAGCGCAAGAGAUCAAUACGCUCAAAUUUAAAUGACAUGGGCCUAACAUACAAUCCAAACGAGGUUUUGCAAAUUCGUUCAUUAAAGCAAGAUUUGAUUGGAGUUGUUAGGCGCGAUAAAACUAUGACGGACGAUAAUGUUCAGGAAGCAGAUGAAGAAGAGUCCACGAAUCAAAUAAAUCUUCCAAAACGAAAGAUCCAUGUCGCCAACGAUCUUGAAAAUGAAGCCAAGGCACCAAGGGAACGCUUGUUCCGUUUGCCUAAAAAUCAAGUUCAAUUUAUCACUUAUUUGAUGGAAAAGUACGGAGAUGAUUAUAAGGCAAUGGCUAGGGACAAAAAAAAUUAUUACCAAAUGACCUGGUGUCAAAUCCGAGGUAAAAUAAACAAAUUCAAAAGUAUACCAGAACAGUAUGCAGAAUACCUUUUGAAAACCGGUGAAAUUGUACUCGACGAUCCGACGCCGCUUGAAGAAACUAAGAAAAGGAUCGGGGAAGAGAAUGCAAUGAAAUAUUCCGCUCCAAAAAAACAAAAAGUUACAAAAAAAAGAAAACCAGUGUGGGAAAUUGAGUCCAUUGGUGAUGAUGAUGAGACUGACGACUUUCAUGCUGGCAACAAAAAUUUGGCUGACGAUACAAGCAAUGCCAAUGGUAUUCAGAGCGAAAAUGGAUUGAAAAAAUUGAAACUAUUCUCUGACGAUGAAAGUGAUGCUGAAAAUACUCCUGAUAAAAAAAAUAAUAAAACAACUGCUAAGCUGAAGAAUGAAAAUCGGAAUAUAAAAAAACCAGAUUUGAAUGAAAAAAAUAUGCGAGUGGACCAUAAGCUGAAUUCUAAUUCGCAGAAUCACGAUAACUCAGUUGAGGAAAGUCAAACUAAAGAUUCGGCUAAUAAGCAUAGAAAGAGUACCUUGGCGACACAAAAAUCUGUCUCUAGCGAUAGCGACAGUGAUGAUGAAGAAGCAUUACUAGAUGGAGAUAACCCAGCUGAGGGAUUUGUUAAUCUGAGCGAUAUGGGCGAGGAAGAACUUUCAGAAGACGACAUAUUAGAUGACGGUGAAUUCCUAACAGAUAGCAAUGAUGAAAGUGAUUAAAACAACAGCACGAUCUUUCUAUACUGUACAAACUUCAAAUAUAUUCUGACCAAGUAUUGGUGUAAAUAUAAGAAUAAAAAUUUUGUUUUAAAAGCCUAAAAUUCUUUUGUAAAUGCAGCAUCAAGAUAUUCCGUUUGUAUUUCUAUUUUAUUUGGUUGUGUACCAUUUUUAGCUGAAUGAAAACUCUGUGAUAUUAUUGAAUGAAUUUUUAUUAUAUUAAUGACAAGUAACAAUACAUCGACUUUUCAUAUGGCACUACCCUCGCGGUUAAAUGUCCUUCGUAUUUUCCUCAGAUUUUUAUCAGUGGAAAUUAUUACCAUUUUUUACGUGCACAUGCCAAAGCUGCAUUAGAUUUUAACGUGAUACACGUACACUAUUGAUCAUGUGAAUUCAUGAGGAUUUUUUUCUAUCUGCGGAAAUCAAUACAUGCAGUACCACACUGGGUGUAAUAAUAAUUAAUCAUAGGUUUACAGAUUUGUAACAGUGAAUGCAAACACAAAACAGUCAAAACACAAGCGCUAUUCAUAAAAAAUA